AUGACGCCUUUAGACGCUGUCUCGAUGGGUAAAAGUACUAAAUUAUCCUCUCUGAGAAAGCUCCGUCCAAAUCUUUUCUAACUUCGCUCAUAUCAGAAUCAAAUUUCCGUCAUUAUCUCCUGAAGGAACCAGGAGGUGGAAACAGUAAUCAUCGUCUGCGUCACAUCCGUCCCGCCUCGCCUCUCUCUUCUGCUGACAGCACCGAAGCGGCGGGGACACGAUACCCCUGGCCCACUUUCUCAAAGACAACCCGCUCCGUCUCCUCCAAGGCCGAAGACUUUCUCAGCAUCAGCACACCCAGGGGAGCGCGGAUCAAUCACGGUUUUAUUAUGAUGAGUGAGUUAGGGCAGGUGUGCCGAGAAGUAAAUGACGCUACAUUAUGCGGCGCAAUAACUUUUCAUAACAGGAGGCAGUCGCAGGAGGCAACAAGAUGUUUACAUAAACAGAGAGGGGAGAACGCUGACUGUGUGGAUUUGACGGUGUGUGUGUGGGCGUGCAUAUGGCGCCGUGGCGUAAUGUGUUUCUAUUUUAAUGAAAUUAUAUGUUGUUUUCUGUAGAUCUGCGCAGGUGUCUGCAUGCAGAUGUUUACAGACGCGUCCGCGCACGCCGUCUUAUUUUGGUGCAGUGGCGUAGAGGAAUGCCGAAGCGUGGAGGAGACCAUCAGCAGCAGUUGCCGUGACAAUGGAGCCCCAGUGGUCACAGGGACAGAGGAGUACGAGGAGGAGGAGGAGGAGGAGGAGGAGGAGGAGGAAAAGAGGAGGAGAGAGAGCGACAUGGGGGAGGGGGGAAAGUCUGCUGGAGGAAUCAGUGAUGGGGAAAAUGGAUGGAGGGGAAAAGGGAGGGGAGGGCUCUAA